AUGUCUUCAUUCCAAGGCAAAGUUAUCGCUAUCACUGGCGCUGGCUCCGGCAUGGGCCUCUCAACGGCCCAGCUCCUAGCCUCCCGCGGUGCUAAGCUGUCAUUGGCGGAUAUCAACGAGGACUCUCUCAAGGAGGCAAUCUCGUCUCUGGAAGAUAGUGCCAGCCACAUUUACGAAGUUGUUGAUGUAAGGAAAGGCGAAGUCGUCAAUACCUGGAUUCAAAACACUGUGAAAAAGCUUGGUAAGCUGGACGGCGCUGUCAACAUGGCUGGUGUUAUCACCCACGCCACGCCCGUUGCAGAGCUCACAGAUAAGGAUUGGGAUUUCGUCUUUGAGGUCAAUGCCAAAGGCGUCUUCAACUGUCUGAGGUCACAACUAGGAGUUAUGUCUGACGGAGGCAGCAUUGCUCUGUCAACACGCCGUUAUCUCGUGGAGAAAAUCCAGAAGAUGUGA